ACGAGAAGGAGGCCACUGGGCUGAGACCAAUGAAUGAGAAAGAGCCAGUCACAUGGUGAGCUGGGAGAGGGCAUUCCAGGCAGUGUGACCAGCGCUUGCAAAGGCCCUGGGGCUGGACGGUUCUUGGUGGAGUCUGAGGUACAGGAUGAUCCCUGGAUGAGUGCCUGAGUACAUGAAGCACGGGUGGAGAGGGUCAGCUCCCAGCGUGGCUGCAGGAGGGAGUCGUGUAAUAAGUACUAAGUGCCAGUUCUGCAGGAUGGAAACAGUUUUGAAAUUGGACGGUGACGAUGUGGUGCGAUAACGCGAAUGGACCCAAUGUCACUGAAAUAUUCACUUUAAAAAAGUUAAAAUGGCAAGGUUUACAUUAACUAUACUUUGCCACAAUAAAAGGAAAAAGGAAAAAAUAUAAUAACUAUGUGAAGUUGAGAUGAAAUGAUGCAACUAAUAAUUUAGUUUGGUUAGCAAAGAGUAGGCACUCACAUAGUUAAAUAUAAUCAUCAUUAUGAUGGUACCCUGUUAUUGCUGGGGGAUGCUUUAUGAGGGAGGUGGAAGAGGAGGAGGAGGAGAAAGAAAGAGAAUCAGCUUCUAUUAUCCACAGCAGAAUGCCUCUGGAGUUGUUUGAAGUAGAAGGGUACUCCAUGUGAUCCUGUUUAUAUUGUAAUAUUGGUUGACCAGGUCUUUAAAAUUACAAAGUACUAGAUAGACCUAACUCAGCCCCGUCCUAGUAAUCACAACUCCUUGAAUAUUUGUGAGGCUUCUGGUACAUUCUCUACAGUCCCAACAUUGGGACCCACUGAACCAUGUGUUGCACAUUAAAUCCAGGGUCCGGGACACCUCCCAGGCCACCUCUGUCAUUUCACAAGAGCCAGGUCAUCUUCUCAGUGCUUGUGAGCAUCCCUUCACACUCAAUCCUUCCCACACACCUGCCAAAGGGAAGGAGGCAGGAACCACCUACGGAUGCCGAGAAAGAGGCAGCAUGGUCCUCCCACCCUCGAGGCUGUUACCAUCUGGAACACCCCACCCUGAAAGGCUUGAGUCUGGGGGAGCCUGGCUGCCCAGAGGUGGCAGAUGACAUGAAGAAAUAACCAUGUAAGGGCUGGCUGUGUAUGAGCAAGCAUUGGGAAGGAUGAAUGCCAACUAUGUUCCAGGAACUUCUACUGUUCUCACACACCCAGAUGAGUGGUGUUCAGGUGGGUGGCACCCAGGUGAGUGGCACCCAGGUGAAUAGCAUCCAGGUGAGUGACACCUAGGUGAAUGACAUUCAGGUGAGUGGCAUCUGUGUGAGUGGCAUCAUCCAGGUGAGUAGCUUCCAGGUGAGUGGCACCCAGGUGAGUGGCAUUCAGGUGAGUGGCAUUAUCCAGGUGACACCUGGGUGAGUGGCAUCCAGGCGAGUGAUAUCAUCCAGGUAAGUGGCACCUGGGUGAGUGACAUCCAGGUGAGUGAUAUCAUCCAGGUAAAUGGCACCCAGGUGAGUAGCAUUCAGGUGAGUGACACCCAGGCGAGUGGCAUCCACGUGACUAGCAUUGUCCAGGUGCAUAACACCCAUGAGUGGCACCCAGUUGAGUGGCACCCAAGUGAGUCACAUCCGGGUAAGUGGGGUCCAGGUGGUGGCACCCAGGUGAGUGGUGCCCAGGUGAGUGACAGCCAGGUGAAUGGUGUCCAGGUGAGUGGCAUCCAGGUGAGUGGUGUCCAGGUAAGUGGCAUCACCCAGGUGAGUGGUGUCCAGGUGAGUGGCAUCACCCAGGUGAGUGGUGUCCAGGUGAGUGGCAUCCAGGUAAGUGGUGUCCAGGUGGUGGCACCCAGGUGAGUGACAGCCAGGUGAGUGGUGUCCAGGUAAGUGGUAUCACCCAGGUAAGUGGCAUCCAGGUGAGCGGCACCGUCGAGGUGACAAUAGCUAACAAUUAUUGGGCUCAUUGUGGACAGGCACUGUGCCAAGCUUGACAUCACUGAACUCAAUUCAUCCUCGCCAGGAGCUUAUGGGCCGUCCCUAGAUCAGAAUCUGAGGAGAAAGGACUUCCACAGGGCAGCCAGAGAGCUGGAGAGCAGCCUCCUGCCACCGCCAGCCUCCCUAGCCCAGUCCUGGAUAUCUGUGAAAGAAUGAGUGGAUCCCCACAGGCCAGCUAUCCCCAAACAUACUCGUUUACACUGAAGCACCAAGAGAUCAGAACCUUCUGGAAUCUUAAUAUGCGAGGAAUCGGUGGAGAAGAAGGCACUGAAGAAGAGUCGUCCCCAGGCCAGGCUGGAGGGAAACUCAAGAUGGCGGCCUGUCCCUCCUGGGUGGCGGAAGUGGGAGCAGCAGGGGCCCUGGCGGAUCCGGGAGGCCUGAAGAGCGGAAGCGUCCUCCCCUCUCAGGAAGCUGAGACCCCAGAGGCUGAAAUUUCACUCAGACCCAGGAGAGCCAGAGUCCGGAGAAUCCCCCUGGUCUCCGCCCAUCAAUCCCAAAGACAGCCACAAGGACUUUCGGGGGUCGUGGCAGCUGCUCCACUUCCAACUUCCAGAUCCCGCUCACUUUCCUCUUUCCGCCAACUCCAACCUGGGACCAAGCAGGGGAAAGCGGCUCCAGCCCAGCUUGACGCCCCUGCAAAUGGAGACCUGUGCACCUGGUUGUGAGCAUUUUAGAGGGUGUCACACAGGGCAUACUCUUCGGUGCCUGGAUUCCUUUGCUAAGUGUUAUAUUAGGGAGGCGCACCCUUGCUGUUGUGUGUGGCAAGAUUUGUGCAUUUUCAUUUUUCCAUAAUAUUCCUCUGUAUACCUAUCCCAUAAUUCAUUGAUCCAUCCUACUGUUGAAAAGCAUUUAAGGAGUUCUGGUCAUUGGCUGUUACAAACAGUGCUGCCCGAAUGCUCUGGUGAUGUUCCUUUUGUGGACGUGUACACAUUUUUCUUGCAAUUGUGCCUAAAUGUGGAAUCUCCAGGUGGGAGGCUGUGCUCAUAUUCAGCUUCAGCAGACAGUUCGUGUCCCGUAGGAACUGCACCCCCGAUUAUGUUUCCUCUUGCAAGCCCUUUUUACUCCUGGUCUUGGGUUCAAAUGUUGAUUCCGUUACUUUCUAGCCAUUUGACCUGGAACAAUCUAGGUAACUAUGCAGAACAACAAUUUCCUGCUUAUCUGUAAAACAGGGAUAAGAAUAGUACCUCCCACAUGGGUCCCUAUAAGGAAAUGCGGUAGUCCAGGAAAAUUGCUUAGGAUAGUGACAGUCACGUACAAAUUCUCAACAUAUUAGCUGUUAUUACUCUUUUUAUUUAUAAUAAUAAUAAUGACCUUAUCAAAUUAUUUGGAGACAAUCUGACUUUAUCUGUAACUUGCAUAGAUAAAAGGGCAAAGCCUUGAACCUAAGUCAUCUUCGAGUCCUCAGCCCUUCACCCAGAGCCUGGCACACAGUAGGAGCACAGAAAGCUUUGUUGCAUGGAAUUAAGCACUCAGGCUGGAGAGUGGAUGAUCUUUGCUCGGUGCACUCAAUCCCUCCAACAGCACAGCACACACCACAAGGAUCGUGCCCCACAGACCCAUGGGGAAGACUGGGUGCAGAGUCUUAAUCCUGACUCCCGUUUGCUGAGGCUCUCAAUGUCUCAGGAAACCCCUAGAAAACCUCAUUUAAUCCUCACAACAACCCCGCAAGGUGGGCUAUCGACCCCUGGUUGAAGGAUAACGAACCCCCCACCCCCUGUCCCCCGGGGUAUACAUCCGGCAGGAGCUGGCCCUGAGCUCUGAGUCCAGAUCAUUGCUCUUGGCUGAAGCAGCCUCUCUACUCACAAAGAUGAGCACUGUCCCUGCCCCGAGGAAACUCGUGGUCCUGUGGACUGCGGUGUAGAGGGAAAGCUUGGGAUUCUGAGCCUGGUAAUGCACCAUUACAUCCCCACUCACUCGGGCUGUAUGAACCCAGCAAGUCACAGGAUCACUGGGUGGUGAAAGAAAGAAACACUCACAGAAGCGUCUAUGCUUGGAGAGCCAUGCAGUCCAUCAUUGUGACUGCUGCUGUCAUUGCUAUCGUGGCUGUCACCAUUGCCAUCACUCGAGGACUUCUCUCCAGGCCCAGAAGCCAAGCUGAUGCCUCGUUCCUCUGGGUUGGGAGAGGGGCUGGGCAUGGACAGGAGGUGGGAAAAGGGACCUGUGCUAGCAGAUGAUGCCAUCCAAGACAUCUGCAUCCUAAUCCCUGGAACCUGGGAUUCCACUAGGUUACAUGGCAAAGGGCGAUUAAGGUGGCAGGUGGAGUGAAGGUUGCUAAUCAGCUGACCUUAAAGUAGGGAGAUGAUCCUGAAUGAGACAAAAGAGAACCAGCCAUGGUGUCAUGAGAAGGACUCAAAAUGCAACUGCUGGCUUUGAAGAUUAAGGUGCUACAAACCAAGGAACGUGGUAGUCUCUGGAAAAGACAAGGAAUAGACACUGCCUUGGGGCCACCAGAAGGAACUAGCCCUGUCAACACCCUAAUUUUAGCCCAGUGAGGCCUGUGCUGGACUUCUGACCUCCAGAACUGUAAACUAAUAAAUGUGUGUUGUUUCUGC